CCACAGGGACUCUUCUGAGCAGAAAGAGAGAGAGAGAGAAAUGUCGAAGUUAACAUGAGCGCGUUUUAAUACAGAACAGGAAGCAAAGCAAAGUGAAAAAAAAUACAUACAGGUUUUUACUAAUAAAGCCCAGGGACGUUGGGUAAACUUCUUUAGAGAGCUUUAGUAGUGAGGUUUUAUUUUAUUCUAGGUUUUAACCAUGGUGGGAAACGAGAGGAGGAUUUUUUUUGUGCUCGGGACUUGGAUGAAACUAAAAAUUAUUUCAGCACUAACGGAGUAGUAGAAGGAGAAGAAGAAGAAGAAGAAAGCGACGACGACGAAGAAGAAGAAGAGGCUUGCUAAGAAUUUUAGCCUAACUAACUCAUAUUUACUAGCUUCUACACUUGUCAUAUUCCUAGUCCAGGUGUUAUAGAUAUUUACACCCUCGUCAUUAAAAUUAAAAUACAUUUAAAAAAAAAUUAAUAAUAAUUAAACCAGCCAGUGAGUGCCUUAGAGUUGGUUAGUGUUGCUGAUAAAAAAAUAAAAUAAAAAAAAAACCAAAACAAAACGGCUAGCUUGCUAGUUAACAACAUUGCGGCGGCUAACAUGGAGGAAGAGGUGCAUGUAUGUGUUAGCAUCAUCGCAGCACUCUUAUAUAAUCCGACUAAAACUAAAUCGCGCUCGUUUUCGUCCAGAAAAACGACUUUUGGCUUCGUUUAGAGGCAGAAAUGCGGACGUGGGUUUGAUUUGGUGUGCAAAUAGGAUCAACGCAAACAUGGAUUCCAACCCUCUCCUAAGUGCCAUGGACCCGUCCAUCACGCUGUGGCAGUUUCUGCUGCAUCUCCUGGAGGACCAGAACCAGCGGCACCUGAUCUCCUGGACGUCCAACGACGGCGAGUUUAAGCUGCUGGAUGCCGAGGAAGUGGCGCGCCUCUGGGGGCUGCGCAAGAACAAAACCAACAUGAACUACGACAAGCUGAGCCGCGCGCUGCGCUACUACUACGACAAGAACAUAAUAAAGAAAGUAAGCGGUCAGAAGUUCGUCUACAAGUUCGUGACCUUUCCUGACCCGAACUCGGCCGACGGCCUCAGAAGCCCCGAGGAUGCCCAGCGGCUCAUCGGCGGAGAGAAAGCAGAGGCGUCUGUCCAAUCCAAAGCCGCGGGGGGCACCAGUGCCGCCGUGGCCUCCCUAUCCAAGAGCCUGCAGCCUCAGCGCUCGUCCCCUAGCACGGUGCAGCGCAGCUCCCGCAAUGACUACAUGAAGUCAGGGCUUUACUCCACCUUCACCAUCCAGUCCCUGCAAACGCCCUGCAAGAGCUCCAGCAAAGCUGUGAAAACGGAGCUGCCUGUGGAGAACACGCCCAAACUGAGCAGCAGUGAGCGACCACUGCAAGAGAUGCUGGUGUGUCAGACAGAAGCUCAGCAGGCGGCAGCGGUCACUCCGUCUACAGCGGACAGCAGCGGUCUGCAGGUGAUAGUGACACAACCUUCACCCUGCGCCACUCCCGCCCUCAGCCCACAGACGCCCUCCGCCUCUGCUGCUGCCCCUACGAACGGGCAGCCGCUGAAGAACCAGGGACUCGCCGAUCCGCCUCAGAUCUACCUGACGAGCGUUUCAGACCCCGGCUCGCUGACUUCGCUGAUCCAGGUAGCCGGUAGCGACUGUGUGGUCAGCUCUCAGCAGGGUCACCCUGUGUUUGUGGUCAUAAAGCCUCCACCUGUCGGGGAAGCCAAAGAACCGAACAUGGCUUCUGGAGAAGACCUGCUGGACAUCGUGGACCUGGACGUCAAACCCGAAGCUGAGACGAUCCCUGUGUCCACUCCCUGUGUUACGGAGGCUGCGGUGUCUGUCGAUGCCUCUCCACCCUCCUGCCCCGAGCCCGUGGUACAGCCGGUGGUAGAAUCCGAGCAGAACGACGAGUCUCAGCAACCUGUGGAGGACACGAGUUCCACCGCAUCCACACAACCAGCCUCCGCUCAGGAAGCGCAGCCGCCCAAGUCCAAGAAGCCUCGCGUGCUCGAGCUUCCCUCGUCCCCCUCGCCGCUCCCUCCCGGCCUCACUCUGGAUAAAGUCAGCGCAGCGGUGAACAGCCUGCUGGCCCCAGGCAGCACCACAAACACCCUCACACCCACCGUCAUCACCUCUCACGCCUUGACGCCGGUGUUGUUGACGCCGAGUCCCCUCCCGUCCACCAUCCACUUCUGGAGCACGCUGAGUCCCAUCGCCCCGCGCAGUCCUGCCAAGCUCUCCUUCCAGGUGAGAAUUCCCCUCCUGUCUUCCGCUUUCACACUUUUUCCAGCUUCGCAGCACGGUCACACCGAACCAUCUGCUGCCUCUCUGCUUCCUGCCUUAUUACCGAGCCGAGAAUCUGCAUGAAACACCGCUCCAGUCGCAGCGAGCCUGCAGACCAGGACACGCAAAUAUCUAGGUUUUCUCUUCCAGUCAUCCAAACAAAUAAAAUACUACUUCAUUUCCGACUUGUGUGAUGUUAUGAGCUGACUAGAGUGUUUUUUUUUUGUCCCCCCCCUCUCUUAGGCGUUUUGUUUAGUAGCCUUGCCUCACUUUGGACUAUUUGGUUCUUGUAUUAUUUUCUUGUGCAAACUUUAUCCUCGAGCUUGAGUAUUAGUUUUGCACUGGAAAUGUGUUUUAGAGAAGAACACUGCUCCCUCUGCUGGCUCCAAAUGACACUUGAACAAGUUGAAAACGCACACAGCGAAUAUGGUGUACAUGAACAUGAUCCGGUCGUGAGCGAAUGUGAUGUACAUGAACAUGAUCGGGUCGUGAGCCAGGGAUUUCUUUAAACUGCACAAUCUCUUCGCUGUAACCCCACGUGGGUUAUGUGAACUGGAUCAGGAUUCAAAAAGUAUUGGUGUCAGGGAUGUAUGUAGUAAUGCUCAAAACCACUGGAUGAAAGGAGAUUAAAAAUAAAAAAAAAAAGUAUAAAAUCAGUUUAAUCAAAAAAUUGAGAGGAAUUAUUGAAAUUGUUGAAAGAUGUAAGCUGCAUUUCUUACCAUACAGUUGCAUUCUUGAAUCUGAUUGGUCAGAACGUGUGAGUUAUUUUGCCCGACUCGGAUAGUAGUUCCAGCUGUAACAUGCAGAGGCGUAACUGGAACUUUUUCCAGGGGUGGCCAGGUAAGAUCCAGUGGGUUGACUGGGGUGGCAACAAACAAACAAACAAACAAAUAAAUAAAUAAAAUCACAAUAGACUGUGACGUGCUGUACCAAAAGCAAAUUCUACAGACAGAAAUUCUGCAAAUCACAAAUAUACACAAGACAUUUAAAGUUACCAUUUCCAGUUUCUGAGUUGAGCAGGAACACUCCCGUAGUCAGUCAUUGCCCACCAGGUAUGUAGGCUACAUAAGCUGUAUCCAGCAAACAUAAACAAAUAAUCAUUAUCAAUACCAUAUUUGCAUCCUUAGCAUCUGAAUAUAUAAAUAAUAUCGAAUAAGGAUUGUAUCGCUUUCUAUAUUUAGAU